GCACGGAUAUAUUAGUGUUGUUACACUGCUGAGCAGAAAAACGCAGUUGUUGUUUUAAAUACAGGCAAUUUUAAAGGAAUCAUGCAAAAUUGGUAUGUUAAUAAGAGCUACGAAUGUCUCUUACAAAUAUAGCUUCGAAUAGUAAACGUUACUUCCGGCUGUUGUCAAGCGUUGGUAUGAUUGGCAGAAUAAACAUAAAAUAUCCAGAAACAUUUGGCUAAUAAAUCAACAUUUGUUGACAUUUAAACUGCAUUCUGAAAUGUGGGGAGAAAUCGAGCCCUGUGUUAAAGGGCAGGAGAUCGUGAAGAGCCGCGGGACUGACCAGAGACGGACACACUCUCCAGAUCCACCGCAGAAGACAGUAUUGUGGGGAGAAAUCGAGCCCUCCUCCAAACCUGACCCACCUACCUGGAGACCUGCUCCUCAAGACAGUCCAGCUGCUCCUCCUUGUCCUCCUAAGACAACUGCCAGAGAGGUCAACAACACACCCAGCUGCUCUGCAGAUUUGCAGGAUGAGCCGUCCAGCAGUCUCAGCUCAAUGAUAGAGACUAUAGCCGGCAGUGGGAGUCCAGUGAAAAGCCAGCAGCUGGGGGAUCCGGACUUAACUCUGGAGGAGAAGAGGGAGGUCUUAAUGGAUCAGUAUAGAUCUAGGCCUUUAGUCUUUCUGGAGCGCUAUCAGGCCCAUCUGAAGCCAGAGCACAUAGACGCUUUCUCACACCUGAGCAGCGACUGCAGGGUGCAGUAUUACUGUAAGGAGAUUCAGAGACGGGUGUCUGGAUCAGCUGACCGGAGAAGAGUUCGGAAUCACCGGUAUGCAGCUCUCCGGGCUCUUCAGAAAGAGGGCCAGUACUUCAGCGAGGAGCAGAUGCGUGUGCGAGACCCGCUGCUGUACGAGCAGUACAUCGGUCAGUACCUCAGCGAAGACGAGAUCCUGCAGCGCUCAGAGGAGGCCAUGAGGAGCGGCACAGGAGGACUUGCUGACCUCCUCAUCAACUCCUACCAGGAGAAACUCAUCCAGAGCCGACUGGAGCAGGAGCAGGAGAAAGAGCAGUGCGCACUGGAGGAGUCUGAGGAUGAAGAAUGUGAAGAGGUCAGACAGGUGGAGUAUGAGCCUGAUGCAGAAGAGAAAGCCAUGCUGAGAGAAGAGUUCCUCAGUCAGAUGCACCAGCGCUUCUUGGAUGGCAAAGAUGACUUUAACUACAGUGAAGUAGAUGAGAAUCCAGAUUAUGAUAAUCUGGAUAUUGUAAGUCGUGAUGCAGAGGAGCGUUACUUUGAUGAAGAUGAUGAGGAGGAAGAAGAGGAGGAGGAGGAAGAACAAGAGGAGAUGACACAUUAAUCUAUCAUUACUCAAAAUGAUCUAACAAAACAUUGUUUUGAACUGCUUUGCAUAUUUUCUGCUGGGUUUUUUUUUCAUUUGUGUAGAUUGUCUUUGUCUUUAAUUAAAGAGUAUUAUUUUCAGUA